CAAGCACUUUGCUCCACGGGGUCCAGGUUGCUUCUGGCCACUGAAUCAACUCCCAACUGGACUUUGUUGGCACCUGAUGAGGUCUGAGGCAACACUUCUGUGGUCCACCUGAUGGAGAACCACAGAAGACUUCUGGAACAUCUGUGAAGUAUAUCAGUGAUAUUAGUGUGGACAUCGUCAGAUGACUGGUGUGGACGUGUCCCGCUGAGAUUAUCUGGCCCACUUUGAGAGACAUGAGCGGAGCUUGCGUCCUCCUGCAGCUGCGGACCCUCUUACCUCCUCCAACCGGAGACACUGGCAGUCACCACACCCGUGGCCACACCCAGACGGUCUGACUUUCAGAGGAAGUCCUAGCUGCACCUCACACAAACAAGCAGAAGUUAAGAGAAGAACAUGCCGGCAGCAGUGGGCGGUCCUGUGGGCUACACCCCCCCUGAGGGAGGCUGGGGCUGGAUGGUGGUGAUCGGAGCCUUCAUCUCCAUCGGCUUCUCCUACGCCUUCCCCAAGUCCAUCACCGUCUUCUUCAAAGAGAUCGAGUCCAUCUUUGACGUGACUAGCAGCCAGGUCUCCUGGAUCUCCUCCAUCAUGCUGGCAGUCACCUACGGAGGAGGUCCCAUCAGCAGCAUCCUGGUCAACAAGUAUGGGAGUCGGCGUGUGAUGAUGCUGGGAGGAUGUCUGUCCGGUCUGGGCCUGGUUGCCGCCUCCUUCUGCAACUCCGUGCAAGCCUUGUACUUGUGCAUCGGUGUGGUGGGAGGACUGGGAUUGUCCUUCAACCUCAACCCUGCCCUUACCAUGAUCGGGAAAUACUUCUACAACCGGAGACCCAUCGCCAACGGCAUCGCCAUGGCCGGCAGUCCGGUUUUCCUCUCCACGCUGGCCCCUCUCAACACCUGGUUCUACGACCGCUUCGGCUGGAGAGGAAGCUUCCUGAUCCUGGGCGGCCUGCUGCUCAACUGCUGCGUGGCCGGGUCCCUCAUGAGGCCCAUCGGACCCAAGGCCAAGCCCGCCGAGAAGACCACGGGGAGGUCGGGCUGCUCGCAAAUUCUAAACAGCUUCAUUGACAUGUCCUUGUUCAAGCACCGCGGCUUCCUGCUCUACAUCUCGGGCAAUAUUAUUAUGUUCUUUGGUCUUUUUGCUCCGCUGGUGUUCCUCAGUAACUUUGCAAAGAGCAAGGACAUCCCAAAAGAGAAAGCGGCAUUCCUGCUGUCAGUUUUGGCCUUCGUUGACAUGGUGGCCCGGCCCUCCAUGGGCAUUGUAGCCAACACCAAGUGGGUUCGGCCCAGGAUUCAGUAUUUCUUUGCCGCUUCUGUGCUGUACAAUGGCGUGUGCCAUGUCCUGGCCCCCAUGUCCGUGGACUACAAAGGCUUUGUCAUCUACUCCAUCUUCUUUGGCUUUGCUUUUGGCUGGCUCAGCUCCGUGUUGUUUGAGACCUUGAUGGACCUGGUGGGAGCCCAACGCUUCUCCAGCGCCGUGGGCCUGGUGACGAUCAUCGAAUGUGGACCCGUGCUGCUCGGCCCGCCUCUGCUAGGCAAGUUCAAGGACAUCUACCACGACUACAAGUACACCUACCAGGGCUGCGGGAUCCUCCUCAUCGUCUCCAGCUUCUUCCUCUUCAUGGGGAUGGGCCUCAACUAUCGUCUGCUGAGAAAGGAGAAACAAGAGGAGGAGCGGCUGGCCAGAGCAGGACAUCCCAAGUCCUCCAGGGUGGUGGAGGCCAGAAGCACCGACACCGUCUGAGCGUUUGCUCCUGACUCCCACCUUCUAGAACCUUUACACUCUCCCUCACACGCACUUAAACAUGUGUAUUCUAUUACUUCUUUGGUUUGCAAUCACUUUACACACUAGAUAAAUUGAUGUUGUUAUAUUCAAUAUGGGCUUCACGGUGGCAGAGGGGUUUGUGCGUCUGCCUCACAAUACGAAGUUCCUGCUGUCCUGGGUUCAAAUCCAGGCUCGGGAUCUUCCUGUGUGGAGUUUGCAUGUUCUCCCCGUGAAUGCGUGGGUUCCCUCCGGGUACUCCGGCUUCCUCCCACUUCCAAAGACAUGCACCUGGGGAUAGGUUGAUUGGCAACACUAAAUUGGCCCUAGUGUGUGAAUGUGAGUGUGAAUGUUGUCUGUCUAUCUGUGUUGGCCCUGCGAUGAGGUGGCGACUUGUCCAGGGUGUACCCCGCCUUCCGCCCGAUUGUAGCUGAGAUAGGCGCCAGCGCCCCCCGCGACCCCAAAAGGGAAUAAGCGGUAGAAAAUGGAUAUUCAAUAUCUGCAAUUGUAUUGUUUAUUCUCCUAAACAUACACUGAGUGUUUGUACUUGUGUGUGUAUUUCUGUAAAGACUACACAUUCUCAAUAUAAACAUGAAUAAUUGUUUCCUCUUGUUUGUCUGCAUCAGCGUCCAUCAAGCUGCUGACUUAGCCAUUUAGAAAUGUUGAUAACUGCAACAUUUACGUAUUCUUGUUAAUGGAAAAUGUAUUGACAAGUUCUAGAGAAUUUUAAAGUUUUUUUGCCAGGUUUGAAAUGUAUUUCUGAAACAACACAGAAAUGACAACUGUUUGUGCUCCAGUGGAACUUGAACACUUUCUUGUGCCCCACACAAAUAAAGAUUAUUCAUCAAAUGUGGUGCGGUGCAAUGAGUCUCAAACUAUAAAGCAACUCUCUUCAUUGAAGGCCAUAUUGCAGUUAUGCAGCCCUCAGAGGGCCACUAUAGUACAUGUGAAUCGCCUCUUGUUUUGUAUAUGUGUAAUGAUGGAUCACUCAUAACUCAAGGUGACAAAGAGAUAUUUAUGUUAGUAGUGUCCCAAUCUGAUAUGAUAUCACAUAUCGUCUGAUAUCUUAAAAACAACGAUCA